AUGGAAUUAAGCGAUAUAAAUUACGAUAAAGGAGAUUACGUGGAGACUGCAUCUGGGAAUAAAGUAUGUCGUCAAACAAUACUAUGUGGUUCCCAAAAUAUAGUAUUACAAGGCAAAGUUAUAGUACAGUUAGAUGCUAUAAUUAGGGGCGAUUUGGCUAAUGUAAAAACCGGUAGAUAUUGCAUUAUUAGCAAGGAUGCUGUCCUUCGUCCUCCUUACAAAAAAUUCAGCAAAGGGGUUGCAUUUUUUCCAUUAACCAUGGGAGACCAUGUUUACGUCGGAGAAAAAUCUCUAGUUAACGCAGCUAUCGUUGGAAAUUACGUUUACAUAGGCAAAAACUGCAUUAUUGGCCGCCGUUGUACGUUAAAGGACUGUUGCGUGAUUGAAGACAACACAGUUUUAGCUCCCGAGACAGUGGUGCCCCCUUUUACGAGGUACGGAGGCUCACCUGGCACUUGCAUUGGGGAUUUACCGGAAUGCCAAGCAGACUUGAUGGUGGAUUUUACAAGAAGCUACUAUCAACAUUUCCAACCCACAAAACUUAUUUAA